AUGGCAGAAAAGAACUCAUUACAGUCACCAGACCUUAUCGUCGCUAGCCAAUUAGGGCAUUUAUCCAUCGAUCAGUUACCGCCUGAGGAAGAUGCUUCGCAUCAAAUACACGCCGCAGAAUCCACCCCAGGUUUGACCUUGCAGGAUUUACCUGACGAAAUGUUAACUCGAGUCAUGGAAUUCCUUCUUGGGUGUGAUGUGGCCAGAAUGGCAUGUUGCUGUCGUGCCUUUGCGUAUAUCGCUAGCUCGGAAUAUCUUUGGAAACAAAAAAUCAUGACUGAGUUGACAAGUAAACCAGUGUUAGUCGACGGCGAUACAUACUAUCGCUAUUAUAGUAAAAGCUAUUUAGGGUACAAGUACCAUCAGAGAUUGUUUCCACGAUUUAAGCCUCCAAGUGAUACAUCUCUUCGAUGUUAUUACCAAUUUGUCCUAGGAUCUUAUAAUCACAAUUAUCAGCAAAUGAUUUAUGAUUCUACCGGUAAUAAUAAUAAUUCAUUAAAAUCGACAAUCAAAUGGAUCUCUUAUGUUUCUUCUUCGUCGAAUAAUACUGGUGAUCGUGUAACAGAGAUAAAUUUAUUUCUAAUUCAAGCCAUGCGCGAUGGCUUCGAUGUGUGGGGAUCUACGUUAAUACGUCUUGGUGCUGAUAUUAAUCGUUAUGCCGCUGAUAAUAAAGCCAAACGUACUGUACCUUUCACUCGAAAUUUCGGUAAUAGUAAUGGUGGCAAAUAUAACCAUCCUGUUCGUGUAGCUAUUGUAAAAGGUCAUACCCAUUGCUUACGGUUAUUAUUGAAUCGUGGAGCCAAUAUUAACCACUUAGCUAGAAAACGUGUUAACUCAACGUUGUUCCAUUUAGCUGCUUUUUCUCAUCAAAUGGAGUGCUUACAAGUCCUAAUCACUAAAAUUGCUGAUGCUUAUGUUAUGCCUAGCCUACAUAAACUCGUCAUGUGUAAUAAUAUUGAACGGCUACGUUCAGUUUUAAAGACAUGCUCAGUUGACGAGGUUAAUGAACAAGAUCGAUGUUGUUGUACAGCACUGUGGUGGGCGCUUAUAUUAGGAUAUGUCGAAUGUGUAGGAUUAUUGCUUACUCACCAUGCUAGGACGGCCAAGAUCGGUGGUGCAAAUGAAUCUCGCCAGCCGACCAUGUCGGCUUUGGCAGCCGUAUUACGAUGGAAGCAAUUAGACUGUUUAAAAUUACUAGUUCAAAAUCGAUAUUGCUUAUAUGAAGAUUUACAAAUAACUGAGUAUCUUGGCAAUUUCAACACAUUAGAAGUAGCUACGCGGAGUAAUUUUAGCCAAGGUGUUCAAUACUUAAUUUCAGAACAUUCAUUCUCUCCACGAUCUGAAAGUUGUCGAGCAUUGCUAUUAGCUGCUACCCAUGGCUGUUGUGAUAGUUUACAAGUUUUGAUUAAUGAAGGUGCUGUUAUUGAUCAAAGAAUACAUUUGUUAUCUACAAGAGAAAGAGAUCCAUUGCGACGAAUUGAUAUGUUCUUACAGUUAUUACAAGCCGAAGAUUACCACUUAUUUUGUCCGUUACUAUCAACUGCGAAAUAUUACCACCCUGAAUGUAUGCAAUUACUGCUAAAAGCUGGUGCUAAUACGAAUAUUAUCUAUGGGGAUUAUGGCUCUAUCCCCAAAACAGUAGCACUACUAGAAAUCGUUGUUUAUAACUACUUCAAGAAAAUCAGUUUACAACCUGAUAAGAAUCCCAUGACUGAAGAAUUAGAUAUAUUAGUUGCUAUUGUUAGCAAUAAUCAAUUUGACGUUGAGAAAUCAUUUACUCAAAUAACAGCAUUUAACUGCUUGAAAUUACUAUUAGAACAUGGUAGUGAUGUGAAUGCAUGCUAUGAGAACGGUCGGACGGUAUUACAUGAGUUAUUAUGCUGUAACAAUAAGCCACAGUUUAAUCAUUCUUUAUUUCAAACAAGAUUUGAUAAAUUGAUUGAACAUUGCUUAAAUAUGUGCAUUUUAUAUAAUGCUGAUGUUAAUAAAUGUGAUAAAGGUGCUAAUAGUCCCCUGCAUGAAGCUGCUGCUAGUUUGAAACCAUCUUGGAUUGCCUUAUUGUUAAAUUCUGGUGCCAGACCCAAUAUCUUGAAUAAGAACUUAGUAACACCUCGACAACUAAUCAAGAUGAAUACAAUCCAUAAUAUAAACAUUGCCAAUGCUGCAGUAGUUAAGGAAUGUGUUCGACUAUUAUUUGAAGCCGAGAAAGCUACUGGACAAGUUAAUCUUAUGUAA